CAUCAGGACGAUGAGUUCCAUUCGUCUCCCUGAUGAUGGACGCAAAAAGCACCUCUGAAACAUCCCGUAAGACACAUUUUCAAUUGAGAUAUUGGCCAGAAUUAACUGUCUCCGCCGGAAAAACCAGUGUUGGCGUUCGAACCACGUGACUCGCUGCCUGAUGACGUAUCGCGGUAUAACUGCUCGUUUCCGCAGCUGUAUUGUGUGUGUUGUGAUCUGCGAACGUGAACAGUGGAACAAGUGAAGUUGAACAGUGCGCUCGUUACAUGGCUCUUGCCAUCAUGGUGGCCUUCGGGUCUGGCGGAGCGUCUGACGACAGGAGUAAAGAUAUCCGCUUGCAGUUGACGGAACAGCUGCGAUGUCUCGACAUGCGGAUGGAGUCACAGGUGGCUGUCGUAGCAGAGCUCCAAGAUUACUUCCGACGCCGUGCGGAGGUCGAGAUGGACUACAGCAAGAACCUGGACAAGUUAGCCAAAAGCCUCCAGCUUCGACACAAGGAACAAAAGCAGAAGAGGGAGCAGUGGCCACUGUUCUCAACCUACUCAUGUUGGCAGCAGUUGGUUUCUCAAACAAAGAAUCUAAGCAAGGACCAUGCUGCACUGAGCGAGGUCUACUCCACUCAUCUUGUCGGCAGGCUAGCCGAAGUAAUGGAAGACGUACAAAGGAUAUACCGACGGUGUCGUGAAAUUGGGUACGAGACCCACGAGGAGAUCUUGCGAGUGCUUCACGAGCUCCACACAACGAUGAAGACUUACCACAGUUACCAGGGAGAGUACCGACAAGCAGAGAAUAAGCUCAGGAUUGCCGAGAACCAACGUCUCAAGUUGGAGCAGAGCCUGCCACGGGAGAAGCUGGAUCGCUCCAAGAAGUACCGCCUCAUUGAGAAGGAGGUACAGAAACGCAAGAACAAGUACAAUGAUGCCAAGCUGAAGGCUCUGAAGGCCCGGAAUGAAUAUGUCCUCUGUCUGGAGGCUGCAAACACGACAAUCCACAAAUAUUUUGUGGACGACCUCUCUGAUCUCAUUGACUGCAUGGACUUCGGCUUCCAUCUGUGCAUGUCACGUGCGUUACUGAUGCACAUGUCAGCAGAAGAAGCACGCAAGAUAUCUGUGCAAGCGGGUAUGGAGCAGAUGUACAGCUGCAUUAACAGUCUGGAUUCACGGCUCGACAAACAAAGGUUCCUAGAGUCCAACCAUACAGCAUUCAUGAUUCCCAAGAAGUUUGAAUUCCAGGGACAGCGAGACGAGGGACCAGAACCUGAGUUGCAGAAGACCCUCCGGGAUGAGCUGGAGGCUCGACUGACUCAGUUGCAGAAUCGAGUAACAUCCCUGCGAACAGAGUCUGAAGAGGUGUGGAAGACGCUGGAGACAGCAGAGACAACCCUCCUCAAGAUGCUGAAUUCAAAGGACUUUUACUGUAAUGGUUACUUUGGUGAGGGUGCCGUUCCUGUGCAGAAACCUCUCGAGACGGUAUCGAUAAAACUGAGAGCAGACAGGCAAGAGACGGAGGAAUUCUAUCUUACGAAAUUUCGUGAGUACAUCCUCGGUACAAGCCGUAUUGCACGACUCGAUGCAAAACAGGAACAUAUCCGCCAGACCUUACUGGAUGCUGCUGGUGACUCGCCUACCUCCCUAAAGGGUCUUCAGCAGCUUCACACUGGACAGACCACCAAACCACCUCGACGUAAACGGAUAGGACGACUUCAAAUGAAUGGUCAGCCCAAGCUGUUCGGUGGCAGUUUGGAAGAAUACCUGGAAACGACCAAUCAGGAAAUUCCUCUCAUCAUGAAGAGCUGUAUCAGAGUCAUCAACUUAUAUGGACUCCACCAUCAGGGUAUCUUCAGGGUGUCAGGAUCUCAGGUUGAGAUUAACAAUUUCCGAGAGUCGUUUGAGCGCGGCGAGGAUCCGUUGGCUGACGUGACUGAUGCGUCAGACAUCAAUUCUGUGGCGGGUGUCCUAAAACUGUACCUCCGCGAACUGCGAGAGCCACUCUUCCCGAUUAUCUACUUCGAACAUUUCAUGGAAUUAGCACAGCUAGAGUCAAAACAUGACUUCGUAGUGAAGAUGAGAGAUCUAGUCCAGAGUCUUCCAAGAUCUGUAGUGAUAGUAAUGAGAUAUCUGUUUGCCUUCCUCAACCACUUGUCAGAAUUUAGUGAUGAGAACAUGAUGGAUCCAUAUAAUCUGGCCAUCUGUUUUGGUCCAACUCUUGUCCCAGUGCCAGAAGACAAGGAUCAAGUCCAGUACCAGAACCAGGUGAACGAGCUCAUCAAAAACAUCAUCCUCUUCAAUGAAGAGAUCUUCCCGAUCGAUGGUGGGCUACUGUAUGAGAAAUAUAUUAGCCGGGAACCAGACGAAAAUGAUGUUGGGGACUCGCCAUCUGACCAUGUCCAAGAAGACAUGGAUUCUGAAGUUUAUCCUUCAGAAGAUGAGUCCGAGUGCCUGGAAGCAACUGCACAGUUUGACUUCAUGGCCCGCUCAGAGCGGGAGCUCAGUUUUAAGAAGGGUGACAACGUCAUUCUGUUCUCCCAAGUAUCUGGUGACUGGUGGCGGGGGAGCGUUAAUGGUCAAGAAGGCCUGAUACCUGACAAAUACAUUAUGCUCAAGAUUAAAGACGAGGAUCGUGAUAAGCACGAACUGCUUAAAUCAAGUUCCUCGGAGGAGUCGAUGCGGAGACGGGCAUCGAGCUCCAAUGAUUCUAUACUGUCUUCUGGUACAUCAGUGUCAGCACACAACUCUCCUCUCACUGGUGUCUCGUCAGCUACGUGGCCUGAUCCCGAGCUGACACGUCGUGGCGUGGUUGCCGAACCCACUUCUCUCAUCGCACUCCCCACACAAGAGAGUGAUGCCUCCCCUUCUCCUCGCUUAGCUCUCAGACACAUCACUACUAGCAGUUCUAGCACAGAGUGUGUGCCAUCUGGUCUACAUUUGAAGACUGAUGAAGCUGUUCCAGCAUCACUACCUGCCUCAAGGAUCAUUCCUGGAGGCAGUGUAAUGGGUGCUGUAGAAGCUGCCUUGACAACAGCCCAGAUAUUGGCCACAGCUGCUCUCCAGGCAGAGGCAGAGGGUACGGAACCAGAUGAUGACAGACUGUCUGAGUUUCUUGACUCUCUGCCAGCGGAUGGUACCAAAGAGACGGGUGAGGAUGGGUCCCGGCCUACCACUCCUGUCAGCUCCUCUAGUGAUGGUGAUCGAGGAGAUGCUGAAAAGAGGAAGGACAAUAGUUCAAAUGGCAAGAAGACUCACUGGAAGAGCCAGAGUGUGGGUGAGGUAGUCGACGUGCGGCGCUCGAGCGGAGGAGAGGAAGGCAGUGUGGAAAAUGCCAACUUCAGUCAAAACAGAGAACUCUGGCAGCGAAGAGCAGCAUCACAGUCACAGUUAGAAUCUUCAAAAUCAAUAGUCAAGAGUUUUCGAUCCAAUCAAGAGUUCUGGGAGAUGCGUCAGAAGCACACGCCUGAUUUAGUGAUGGAUCUUCCACUUCUUGGUUCAUCUAGUCCUAAAGAAGCUGGUGGCAGUAAGAAGUCCCUGUCUGCAGUAUCUUUAUCCUCACUGUCAUCGUCGUCGUCAUCUGGAGAGGAGGAAAACUUGACUGCGGAGACUGUCAUAAGUCCAACGGGCCCAGAAAGUCCAGAUAUGACAACUGCAGCAGAACGAUUUGCCAAACAGAAUCAGUGUACACUUAAGAAGAACACCAAGGCCUCGCAUGGCGCCUCUAUUGAUGCUCAGACACAAACCAUGAAGGCUGCCACUAAGCGAUCAAAAUUCGCUGCCUCAUCAGCUGUUGCCGCCACGGAAAUGCCCGACAACGAUUUGCAGAUUCCUGCCGAUGUUAUCAAGACGAGCGACAACGAUAAUCUGAAACCAUCCAGUGACACCAAGAACCAAUCCACUGAAUCAGAAUUGGUGCCAAUAAGGAGUCCUGGACCUCAGAGAACAGCAAAGAUUGGAGGAGGGAAAUUUGGUCAGAGUGGCCCCUUGUUACAGGUGGCUGCUGUGUCAUCCUUCAAACCUCAGGUUAAGGUGAAGCCGCAGAUCUUGCGUAAACCAGUUCUACCGGUCCCCCAUCCCCACCACACUCAACCAUCACCUGAACUCGUGCACAAGGAGAAAACACAGGAGCAGAUGAACUGAAUGGCCUCGGUGCUCCACCUGUCAUGUUUCAAUUAUUUUAUAAGACUGAUUUUAUUUAGCACCUGUUGGAAGUGUCUUUAUAGAAAAGUUGUUUUAUGAAUAAAAACAAGAGUGCGUUUUUGAAUUUCAGUGACAAAACUGUAAUUUUGUAUAAGCUGUACUAUUCUCUAUAUAUUGUGACAGUGUUCCUUUCCAUAAAAGGGUAUGAUACAAAAAAAUGCACUGAAAAUGUUUCUCUUGAUGUGAUACAGGUGAAUUUUUGUAUUGAUAGGCCUACUAUAUUAUUGGACAUUAUUAUAUGUUUUUAUUUGUAUGUUUCUUUAAUGCUAUAGAAUAUUUGUUUUCAGAUAUUGCUUAUUUGUGUGAGUUUUUCUGUGAAUAUGAUUGGAUAAGUACAGGGAAUUAUAUCACACACCAUUCUGAAGUGUGGUAAAUGUUAACAGAGAUUCCAACUUGCCAAAUAUAAUUAUAAAGUGUGAGUAUGUGGAAUGUGGAAUUUAAAGACUUUGUACAAUGUAAAUAAGUUGUUUUACAAGUCCUAAGCAUUUAAUCCAUGAUCUUUUUAAUUAUGUAAUAUGCAUUUGUGUAUGUCAGUUGAUUUAAAAUAUUUUACAAAUGUGUAAUCACUAUGAAAAUGAUUUUUUAUAUUAUUCAUAAGAAUUGAUUUCAGUGUGCACUAUGGUUAAUCUUAUGAUUUUGCAUAUAUCAUAUGCAACUGUGCACAGUAUCUUGGAAUACACUUUGACUGCUGUUCCUAUUGAACAUCAAAGAAACAUUGUCUUUUAGUCUUUUUAUAUUGGUAACAAUGACUCCUUACACUUAUCUCUCUUUCUGUGCUAAUAUGAAAACAGAUGUCCGUAUAUUGUGAUGCUAUUUUAUAAUUUGUAUUGAUGAGAAGCCACAAAUUUGUCUGUCAGCAGAUGGCAGGAUGGUUUGUUUUCAAUGAUAUUAUCAACAAAAGAGUACAGAACUAAAGUAACUGGAUAUUCUGAGCAAGGUAUCUUGUUUAUUGUAUGGAAAGGGUUAGGAUCUGUGUGGGGUGAAACUGAGCAAGACCGCUUACACUCACUAUAAAGUCAGAUGUUUUGUCAUUGUGUGUGUUUGAUGAAUUCAGCUAUUGAGUUCCUGUCUUUAGACAUUAAAAUUAUAGAUGAUUUUAAAUACAUCACAGUGUAAUAUACAGUGGUAAUAGAAAAAUAAUGUACAAAAUUAAUGUAACUGAUGUAAAUGUACCAUUAUGAGGAGUUUAUGGUAACACAGGCUGGUAUUUUUGGUUAUAAGUUUCAAAUAAUUUUUUAUAGAGAUAUUUUUAAAAUCACUCUUUUAUGUGUUCUUUGCACAAAGUGUUUUAAAUGUAUAACCUACAAAACUACUCUGUUGUUGGUGAAAUUUGAUAUUGACAGUCAGACAAAAAGCUGUGGAGCUUAAGUUUAUUUUCAAACUAAUUUCUCAAAUAUUAGUCAUCACGUACUGAAUGGAUACAGAACAUAAAAAAUAGAUCUCCAAGAGAUAAUUUUUGCCUCUACAGCAGAUUUUUGUUUGUAAUAAACAAACGUAAAGACCAACAAGAGUUGCAGAAUAUCAUUGAACCCAUUUUGAAAAUAUGAAUGUGUACCAGAUUGGGGAAUAUCUACAUUCUUGGUCUCUGUACAAAACACACUGCAUCAAACAUCUUGGAAAAAAAAUUUAUAUCACAGGAAUACAUGACAAGCUGAAGAUGAUGAUAGAAUUUUGAUAGUUUUGUGUUCAUAUAUUAUUGUUUAUAAAUUUACCUCCACUUCAUCAUAUGUUUGAAUGGGGUGGCAUAUAAUUAAUUACCAAGGACAGAUUUACCUUUCUACAUGUUCCUGACUGCUGAGGUCUGAUUGAGUACCAGUAGAUGACAAAUAUCACCCUGAACAUGAACAAUAUUCUAAAGUGAAAUUUCUUUUGACUGUACUCUCAUGCAAGAAAUCAGUUUACAUUGUUUCUGAUUAAUUCAAAAUAUAUUUCUUCAUCACUAUGUAAUCAGAAGACAUUUGCUUCCAGUUUACAAUAAAAUAUAUUGUAUGCCUUACAGGAAAAUUAUAGCCUAUGUUCAUAAGAUGGUCCAUUGUAGUAAGCAAAGAAUACAUGUCUGUGCUUUAUGUAUUUAGGUAUAAAGUCAAACAUAGCUUUACAUGUUCAAGAAACAAGAAAAUGUAUUAGUUUUUUAUGAGACUUUUUCUUUGCAUGUAGGUUGCAAUGUCUAGCACAAAUGACAAAUAAUGAUGUGAUGUACAUUGUUUCCAAGGGGAAAAUGUGUUUAUUAUGUGGUUGUACUGUACAGCAGUAUCAUGUUCAUUCAUACUACACAUCUCUCUUCUUUAUUACUUUUGCAGUCCUACCAACUGAAACAUACUUCAGUGUGCAAAUAUCAGGAAUUAUGUGAAAACUCUUUCAGCAAUUUUUUAAAUGUAUUUGUGAUAUGCAGUGUAUAAAUAUUUUAUAUCAUUAUACUUCAAAGAAGAGUCAGAACUGGGGGGGAAAUAACACCAAAGUUGAUGUUUACUUGGUAGACUGGAGUUUUUGAGACUGAUGUAUACCGAAGGAAUGUAUUAGUGUUUAAUUAAUGGGGAGUAACAAAUAAAUGCAUGAACUUAUAAUCCAAGGAAAUUGCUUCCAGUUUUUCAGUAUUAUUCAGUGAAGAUAUUGUGCUUCAUCCUAAGAUGAGAUUUUUUUCUAUAAACAGUUUCUGAAAGAGCAUAAUUAAUUGUUGCUGUGGUGUCAGCAGCUGCUCUUUGACAUUUUUACCAAUGUACUGUACUUUUAGUUUACAUUACACUAUACUUGUAAACAGUCGACAGUUGUAAUUCAUUACCAAUGUCAUAAUAAACCACUAAAAUUCUGUGAA